CGCCGCCGCCGCCGCCGCGCCGCCUCCCGCUGCUCCGUCGGCAUGGCGGCGGCGGGCAGUGACAGCGGCGGUAGGGCCUGCUUCGUGCUGGGCGCCUCGGGGGAGACGGGCCGGGCGCUGCUGCGGGAGCUGCUGUCUCGGCAGCUCUUCGCCAGGGUGACGCUGGUCGGGCGGCGCCGGCUGAGCCUGGGCGAGGAGACGGCGGCGGCCGUGGAGCAGGCCGUGGUGGACUUCGAGCAGCUGAGCGAGCACGCCGCCGCCUUCCGGGGACACGACGUCGGCUUCUGCUGCCUGGGCACCACCAGGGCCAAGGCUGGAGCGGACGGCUUCGUCCGCGUGGACCGCGACUACGUUGCGCAGGCGGCGGAGCUGGCACGGGCAGGGGGCUGCAAACAUUUUGUCCUGCAGUCCUCCCAGGGGGCAAACCAGGACAGCUGCUUCCUCUACCUCCGCGUGAAGGGAGAGGUGGAGAACCUGGUCCAGUCUGUUGGUUUUGAUCGGUGUACCAUUCUCCGGCCAGCGGUGCUGCUGUGCAAGCGCCGGGAGUCCCGCCCCGCAGAGUGGAUGGCCCAGCAGUUUCUGGGUGUUGUGGCUAAGGUCUUCCCCACCGCUUACUCGGUGCCUGUGGAAACGGUGGCCAGGGCUAUGGUGGCCAGUGUGCUGCAGCCGGGCAAAGGGAAGGUGGAGGUGCUGGAGAAUGCGGCCAUCCACGAGCUGGGAAAGACAGUGCCACAGGAGGGCACGUAGAGUGAAAGGGAAGGGCAAGAAAGGGCUUGAUUCACUGUGCAGAUGCUCCUCUGGGCCGAGGAUGAAUGCACACGUGGGACAGGAGCGGGGCGCUUGCAUGGCUAAUGAGGUAGAGGUGCACUUCGUAUGGCAGCUGAUUCUGUCAAGUGAUCAAAACUGCGGGUGCUGGCUGGUGGGUGAGGAGGAACAAUGUGCUCUGCUGCCUGAAUCCAGCAUGCAAAUCUGGGUAAAAAUGGUGUAAUCCAGGCAAUUUCUUGAAUCCAGGCCUCAAAUAAAAUGGUAUGACUGGUC